CAGACGUACUAUGUUCCGUUACUUUCCCACCAAUCCGACCAAAGGUGAAACACGUUCGGACUUGUGCACAUAGCACGGAAUAGAACCGCACGGUCGUGGACAUAGCACGGAAUAAAACCAUGUCCACGUUUGGACAUAGCGUACGUAUCGACAAGUCACUCGUGGACAUCGUUACGUAGUUAUCAAUGUGCACCACCCAUGGACAUGCGCUAGCUUAACGGGCGGAAAAGCGAUUCCAAAAAUUCUUGUGGGCCUGGCCGCUCUCGAAUAGGCAUUAUUGAUAAAAAAAAAAAAAUUAUUUUCGAAUACAACACAGUGCGUUUUCACUGUGAUAAUAAACAUUUUUUAAGUGUGAAUCGUGAGUGUAUUUUACGUCAUUAUGUAAUAUAAUAAUACUAGAGUAAAAUAUAGGAUUUUGUGAUGACAGUUUGAGAGAAACCAUAUAAUAAUUCGUGCUGUUUUAGAAUUAGACAGUUUCAGUGAUGGCAUAUCCGAACGCCAUGUACGGUUCCACCAAUCUCGAAUCUGAAGUAAGUCCAGAUGUUCAGCAAUGGUUUUCGAUGGUAGACAGAGAUAAAAGCGGACGUAUAACAGCUACUGAAUUACAAUCAGCAUUGGCUAAUGGUCAAGGUGGUACUUUUUCUGACACAGCAUGCAAAUUAAUGAUUGGUAUGUUUGAUAAAGAGAAGGAUGGCACUAUAAACGUAUCAGAGUUCCAAGCUCUCUAUAAUUAUAUAAAUGCUUGGCUUGGUGUUUUUCGUGGUUUUGAUCAUGAUAACUCAGGAAGUAUUCAGGAAAAUGAAUUGAAUGCUGCUUUAACACAAAUGGGUUACAGACUCAGUCCAGAGUUUAUUAAUUAUCUCAUUAAAAACAGUGAUCUUAAAGGUCAUAAGUCUAUUACUGUUGACCAAUUUAUAGUAUUAUGUGUACAAAUACAAAGAUUUACAGAAGCAUUUAGGAAAAGAGACACAGAUCAAACUGGGACAAUAACUAUUGGAUUUGAAGAUUUCCUAGGAGUAGCUCUUAGUUGCAGUAUAUAAUAAGCAUAUAUCUAAAUGAUAUACACACUUUAUAUUAUUAAUUAUUGCACUCGUAUGCAGGAAGAAAAUCACUGACACAGCUUGGACUACAAAUAAUAUUUUUCUAUUUUAGAAGAUAAAAUAUAAAACAUAAGUUUACGUAGAUAAGUUUUUAAGUUUAUAUAUAUAUAUAACAUAUAUUAAAACAUUCUUUUGUGUUUAUAUGUACAUAUUUUUAUAGCUUUUAAUACAGUAGUUUUAGGUACAAGCUUUCUUUAUACAUUUAAUAUUGUAUGAUAAGAGUAAACGUACUCUUUGAAAAGAGUAAGAUACAUAUGCGAUUGUCAUUAAUAAAUACAAGAAGUAUUAAAAAGCUUAAUUAUUAUCGAUUAUACAAAGUAUAUGAGUACCUCAAAUGACAAUAAGGUUAUAAUAUUGCAUUUUAAGUCGAAGAUGAAUAUCACAUGACAAUGUGUAACAUGUGCGAGAUAUAAAUUGUGCGCACACUGAACUAUUAUAUUAUAAACAUGCAUUUUUAUACAGAUAUUCUGAAAGUAACGCAGAUGUUUUAAGUCUACCGGAUCAUCAAGAUUUUUUGCUUCACGUAAAACAGGCUCAAGAGAGAAUUCAAGAAUUUGAUCGUUUGCAAAGAGCAAGGCAUCUUCUAGACGCUAUUACGCUAAUAAACGAUCUGCUUGCCGAUGGUUCUGAGAUAGAAAUGUUAAUACUUGCCGGAACAAUAGUAAGAAGAUUUAAUAAAUUAGGUGUGACAAACGUAACAACUCGUGAAGAAGAUGUGGUGGAAGAAAGGAAGUUACUUGUGGCUGUAGAGGCACGAUGCCUGGAGGAUAUAAAGGUUGCGGUCACGGACACGUCGGACAUCCAGGUGUUCAUCAUUGGUCUUGCUGUGGAUCUAUAUUACGUAACGGACGUUGCUUGAAUAUACGAAAAACUAUGCGUCACCUUACAUUACUAGGAUCCAUCAAAUAUAUUUUGCACCAUUUUACGUACCCGUUGCUAAAUUUUCUACCGUUACAUAUGCACGUAACACAUAUUUCGAUGUACUCAGUAUCAUAAAAUAUAACAACAAAAAAGUGAAAUUUUUUAUUUCGAUCGGAAUUAAUUCUGAUAGGAAGAAUUUCAAUGAACAGUUGGAGAAUAGAACCAUACUAUAAAAUGAAAUUUGGUUAUAAAAAAUACAAAACGUGACAGGAAUAAAGGAGGAUGACAAAUUUG